AUGCAACUAACGGGCCAACUCUAUCGCGACCUCCCUACAGUUCCGUCACCACCUGAGAGGAGCUACCCCGAGCUCGCAGCCAGGCCAUCGCCAUUAUCAACACCGACCCAGACAUACGUCGCACAGCCCAAAAUGGCCGCCAACGUGCCCAUCCAAAUCGCUGAGACGAUACAGACAGCGCACAUCAACCGUGCCCCGUCCCCAGAUCACGAUCUCAACCCCACCACAGCCGCUUCAGAGAAGGAGCCGGUGACAUUAGAACCCGUCUCGUCGCACGAUGAUCUCGACGAUGACGAGCUCGACGACGACAUCCCCUACAGUGUGCUGAACCCCAAGCCGCGGUCAGCAAAGCUUCCGCCCAUGCCCGACCUCCGAUUCGAGCAGAGCUACCUGCACAGCAUCUCCAAGGCGGACACCUGGGGAAGGGUAGCGUGGAUUACAGUGAGAGACCAGGUCAUGAUGCCUUUGGCGCAAGGAGUCAUCUACAACUUAUUCUUGAUCGGCUGGCACCAUUGGAACAAGAACGCACAGGUCCACGGCAGCUCCAUCGGCGCGAGG